UAGUGUAUGGAGAUAUGGAGAUGCACAACACAACACAGCCUGUGUGAACAAGUUUUUGAGUCGAUAUACUACAUAACAACACAUAACGAGAUAUAUAAAUAUCUGUUGAUUCAAGAAUUCAAGAGAAUUAUUAAAAAACGAUCCCAAAGAAUUAUUAAAAGACUGAAAUACCGAAUUUCUCAAACAUAGCAGUUUGCUAGGGCGAGCACACGGUUAUGGAUCGCAUAGAUACUUGUAAAACACAAAUUGACAAAGUCAAAUACAAGAAUGAAGAUAUCGGCUCCGUUGUGCACAGGAAAUCAAGCAAAAAGUCGAAAUCUAAAAAGAGAAAAGUUAAUAAAAAGGAAAACAAGAAGCGUGAGAAAAAGAGAAAAUGCUCAUCCUCAAGCAGCGAAAACGACGACGGCGAUGAAUUUGAAUGGGUAGAGAGAAAUGAUGGAGGACAAGUCUCGUCGUGUACUAUUGAAAAUCUUGCUGAUCGUAAGGUACAAGAAAAUCAGAUUAAAAGAGACGAAUGGAUGAAUGUGGAAAGUUUUGUUCCAUAUUUAUCGAAGCCCAUUAGUGCAAAACCACAAAGAUCAGACAUAACGAAGGAAGGCAAGGCUGAGAUUCUUCCAAAUGAACCAGGGCAAAGUGACAGAGAAUUGAAUCCAUACUGGAAAGAUGGAGGUGAUGGGUUACCCCGAAGGAAUCCAGGAAAACCUGACAAUCCCAAGAUUUUCGAUGCAACGUGGCUAAAAAAGAGUCUUCGGCGUGCCGAGGAACAAGCUGUUCGAGAUGGUAAAUGUCUAGAGGAAGUGGCUGCUGAACGUUGGGGUUCCCUAGAAACUAUACGAACGAUGAUAACCGAAGCAGAAAGAGUGUCCAGUGCCGAACGGAAUAAAUUGUAUCGCAAAAGGUCACACAAUGACAGAAACAAUGAAGAUUCCUAUAGAAUUUCCGGUCUGAGAAUGAGAAAGCAUUCGAGAUCGAGAUCUAAAAGUAGAGACCGUGUUGAAAAACACACAACAUCUGACUACUCGUCCCAACGUCGCGCAGAGUUAAAACAAACUUAUCAAAGACCCAAAGAUAACGACGAUUAUUAUCAACGGACUAUGCCCGCCAGUAGUCGUAUGAAAAAUUGGAAAAAAGAUAAAGAACGUCAAGUUAUCGAGUUACCUGCAUCCGAACCGAAAGAAGUCGAUUUAGGGAACAUUAACAGCACGAAUGACAUGGAUGAGGGACAAAGCAUUGUUUUGACCGAAGCGGAAAUGAACAAAUUAGGAGCAAGAAUUAUUAAAGCUGAAUUAAUGGGCGAUGAUGAAUUGGCAGCGCACCUUAAAAUCCAAUUAGAGCACGCGAGAAAGCACGUUGCAUCAUGCAGUACCAAUGCGCAGGAGGAUAAUGUAAUUCUCACGAGAACCGAUGCAAAAGGUACUGCAAGACCGAUACAACCUAGAAGUCAAUCUAAGCGAGAAAAUUACGGAAAGAAGAAAACUAUCGAGACACAUAUCUCUGGUGAGAGAGUGCGCCAUUUCAUAGACGAUGAUAAAUAUUCCUUACGAGAAAUGUUUCAACGAGAGAAAGGAAGGUCCACGAAUGAAGACGAAGCAAUUUUCACUAAACUCGCUUCUAGAAGCAUGGAUCACAUGGAUGAUAUAUUUGAGCGACAAAUUAUACAAACGGAUUUGGAAGCGAGACAAGACAAGUUGGAUCGUACACAGGCGAUUAAAGAGCACAAAGAUUUAUCUAAAUGUAUGGACACGUGUUGGUGGUGCCUUGAUUCGAAAAAUAUGUUGAAGCACAUGGUCGUUGCAAUGGACUCUGUGAUUUGCUUAAGCCUGCCCGCUUGUACCUCCUUGAGUAGUGGUCAUUGUAUAUUGACUCCUGUACAACACGUGGCGUGUCAGUUGCAACUAGACGAAGAUGUAUGGGAUAGGUUGAAGGAAUUGAAAAGAAAAUUAAUAAAGAUGUUUACGAAAGAAGAUCUUUAUCCGAUAUUCUUUGAAGUGUAUAAAAGACGUUGUAAAUUUUCACAUAUGCAAUUAGAAUGUAUUCCCUUACCGAAAGAGAUUGGCGAGUUGGCACCGAUAUAUUUUAAGAAAGCUUUAUUGGAAUGCGAAAUUGAAUGGUCCAUCAAUAAGAAAAUUGUCGAUCUAACAUGUAAAGGUAUACGCCACGCCAUACCGAAUGGUUUAUCAUAUUUUAUGGUAGAAUUUGCUUCGCAUCCUGGUUAUGCUCAUGUGAUCGAGGAUGAGGAAAUGUUUCCGCGGAAUUUUGCCAAGGAAAUAAUAGGAGGGAUGCUGGAUUUGGAUCACAACCUGUGGCGCAAACCAAAAAAACAAAGUUUUGAGGAACAAAGAUUAAAAGUAUUAGAAUUUACAGAAAAAUGGAAAAAGUAUAAUUCUCUACAAUCGGAAAAGAAAAAAAGAAAAGAUGAACUUUAACUAAAAAGAACAGACCUAUUGACAGCAACUGCACAUGAUUGGGUUGCAGAAAGAGAAAGAUACGCUUUCUCUUUCUCUCUAUCGCAAGAUUUUGACGAUAUCACCUUAUGGCUAGACUCUAAUGAAACCAGUGCAGGAUCGCGAAUUGAAGACUCAGUGGAAACUAGGCUUGUGUUAUAU